CAGUCCGCGGUCUAUUCUGCAGUGAGCAGGUACAGCCGGUCCUUCACCUGGAUACCAAAACAACACGUCUCCCGUUAUCCGAGGAUAUUUUCGGUUACGCUGGCUCUGUUUUUAUGAAAUCACAAUAACACUGUGUCGUUCUCUUUCGCGAUAUGCACGAUGAGUAUUAGCCAGCCGGUCGAGUAGAGGGUCCCUCACAUCCCACCUGCAGUCAUGAAUGGUGGUUUUCAUAUUUGGGCUAUAACUCCAGAAGAGAGGGGGAAACAUGACAAACAGUUUGACUCUCUGGCUCCCACUCUGGGUUAUUUGUCAGGAGAUCAAGCACGAAAGUUCUUCUUACAAUCUGGUCUUGCCACAGCAGUCCUAGCAGACAUCUGGGCAUUGGCGGAUAUAGGAAAGGAUGGGAAGAUGGACAGAUUGGAGUUCUCCAUUGCAAUGAAACUAAUUAAACUGCAGCUGCAGGGUCAACCCCUCCCGUCCAGCCUGCCAAUCAUCAUGAAGCAGACGCCUACCCCUGCUAUGACACCAUCAUCACGCUUUGGUAUGGGCUCCAUGCCAAAUCUGUCUGCCAUGUCAGUAAUGCCCAUCCUAACUCCCAUCCCCACAGCCCCUGCUAUGACCCCUUUGGUUCCUGUGCCCACCCUGAUGUCAGGACCAUUGCAUCAGAUGCCCAGCUCUCUCAGUGUGCCAGCUUUACCUAACGGCAAUGCAACUCUCCUCACACCAACACCAGCAUUCCCAGCGUCCAGUGGAUUGAGUAAAUCUCACUCGCUCUUGGACCUUGUCUCUAGCAGUUCUAACUCUUCCUCCACCACCUCCCUUGCGAGUAAUUCCCCCAAAAUGAAUGCAUCUGAUUGGGCGGUGCCUCAGUCGUCCCGUCUGAAAUACCGACAGCAGUUCAACAGUCUAGACAAGCUGAUGAGUGGAUACCUGUCAGGUCCCCAGGUCAGAAAUGCCCUCACAGCAUCAAACCUCACACAAACACAGCUUGCCACCAUAUGGGCUCUUGCUGAUGUAGAUCGUGAUGGGCAGUUGAGAGCAGAAGAGUUUAUUCUAGCAAUGCACCUGGUUGAUAUGGCCAAGACUGGGCAGCCCUUACCUCUGACUCUACCUCCUGAUCUUGUGCCACCUUCACUCAGACAAGCAAAGUCAUGUGACCUGCUGAACGGACCUGUUCCUUCGAUUAACACUGAGCUGAUUGAGUCAGAACAUCCACAGAAAAGCAAGAGUAAUGUGUCAUUUGAGGAUAAAUUCAAGGAGAAUUUCCAGAGAGGAAAUGCAGAGCUGGAAAAACGACGUCUGGCUCUGCAGGAGGAACAAAAGAGAGAGGAGGAGAGGAGACGAGAGGAGGAGAGGAGACGACAGAAGGAGAGGGAGGAAAGAGAACAAAAGGAGAGAGAAGCCCUGGAGAUGGAGCUGAGGAGACAGAGGGAAGAGGAGAGGAGGAUAGAGAGGCAGAGAGAGCUGGAGCGACAGAGAGAAGAAGAAAGACUGAAAGAAUUAGAGCGACGAGAGGAAGCGGAGCGACAGAGGCGAAUGGAAUGGGAGAAGAGUAAACGAGUGGAGCUUCAGACACAGAGAGAAAAAGAGCAGAGUGACAUACAGAGACUUAAAGACAGGAAGAGGAGUCUCGAGAUAGAGCUGGAGGCGGUGGGUAACAAGCAUAAGCAGAUCUCUGAUAGGCUGCGGGAUGCCAAGAGUAAGAGGCAGAUCCAGAGGACCGAGAUAGACCUGAUCAAUCAGAAGAGAGAUAGUCGUAUUACGGAUAUCAAUUUCCUACAGUUGCAGUUUGAGGAAAUUCAGAGGCAGCUGAGUCGUCUUGGUCCUGAGAAGCAGCGACUGACAGAGAGACUUCUACAUAUUACCCAAAACAACUCAAGUCCUUUGAUAAAUGAUGUGAAACAGAGUUUGUGCGAGAAAGAUCUGAGCUGUCGGAAGCUGAAGGAGCAGCUGGAUGUUUUGGAGAGAGAGACCACUGCAAAACUCUCACAAAUGGAGCAGUACAACAGAGAAAUCAAGGACUUGAGACAGAGGCAGAGCCAGCAGCAGGACGUCCUAGAGCAGCUCAGGAGGGUGAGAUCUGAGAAACUCAAAGAGCUACAGAGACACAGGAAAGAGGAGGAGGAGAGGAAGAGGAAGAAAGAGGAGGAGGCUGCCAGACAGGCGAAGCUGGAACAGGAGCGUCUAGAGCAGGAGGAAGCAGAGCGUCAGAGGAUGCUUGCCCAGGAGCGAGAAGCCAAACUCAGGGAAGAACAGCAGCGUCAGGCCCAAGCCAGACUUCAGGAAGCCCAGGAGCAGGCGCGAGAGAAAGAGGAGAAGAAGAGGGCAGAGGAGAGAGAGAGGGAGGAGAAGGAGAAGGAGAGAGAAGAGAGAGAAAGGAAUGAACUGGCUCUACAUACUCAGCCCUCCAUGACAUACAAUAGCACAGAGAACAAAAGCUUGCAGCCAGUGGUGACUACUGAAGCUACAUGUGCUGCCCUCACCACCUACAGAGCUCUCUAUCCCUUCACAGCACGCAACUCUGACGAGCUCACACUGGAGGCAGACUGUCUGAUCGAGGUAGAUGAAUCAACAGUUAGAGAGACCGGCUGGCUGUAUGGGAGUUACCUUGGUAACAGCGGCUGGUUUCCAGAGAGUUAUGCUGAGAGAUGCAGUAAAGACACUCAGACUGAACGGACUGCAGCCGAUUCACAAUCCACAGCGCCCUCUACCAACUACCAUGGAAUUCCUCGGGUGGACAUAGAAGGACCAACACCAACACACACACCAGUGUCUUCAAACACACAGCACUCACAGGCUGUAGCUCUGUGUGAAUGGAGCGCUAAGACUGACAGUCACCUGGGCUUCUCUAAAGAUGACGUCAUCAGAGUUCUGGAGAAGCAGGAGAACUGGUGCUACGGAGAGCUCAGAGAGAGCCGGGGCUGGUUCCCUUGCUCAUAUGUCUCCAUGGUUAUCACCAAUAACACACAGACCGACUUUCGUGUUGUUUGUGUCUCUUCUAGGCCGUUAUAUUCUACUGUGGACGAGAUAGACUUUUCAGAUUCUGGUCCGUUUGAGGAGUAUGUGGCUCUGUACACAUAUGAGAGUCCAGAGUCAGGUGACCUGACGUUCUGUGCUGAGGAUGUUGUCCUGGUAACAGAGAGGGAAGGAGAAUGGUGGAGAGGGUGCAUCGGUGACCAGUCUGGCCUCUUCCCUUCCAACUACGUUAAACCCAAAGAGCCUGAUACUGCCAAUCCUGGAGUUCCCGGUAAAAAGCCAGAGAUUGCUCAGGUGACUACGGCCAAUGCUGCCAAAACACCAGAACAACUGAAUCUGACACCUGGUCAGCUUAUUGUGGUGCUGCAUAAGAACUCUAACAGCUGGUGGCUGGGUGAACUACAGGCACGGGGUAAAAAGCGUAAAAAGGGCUGGUUCCACUCCUCUAAUGUCAGAUUACUGGAGGCCAACAGCGGAAAAAUAACUCCAGCAUCUCAGCCAUUGUGUCAGGUUAUUGCAAUGUAUGACUACAAAGCAGCCAAUAAGGAUGAGAUGAGCUUCCAAAAAGGUCAGCUGAUCACCGUGCUCAACAAGGACAACCCUGACUGGUGGAAAGGAGAGGUCGCUGGGGUCAUAGGGCUGUUUCCAACUAAUUAUGUGAAGAUGACCACAGAAUGUGAUCCCAGCCAGCAAUGGUGUGCUGAUCUGCUCAGUUUAGACUCUAUGUGCACUGAGGAGAGGAAGAGGCAAGGCUACAUCCAUGAGCUCAUUCAGACAGAAGAGUCCUAUCUGGAGGACCUGGAACUGGCACUAGAGGUGUUCUAUAAGCCAAUGGCAGAGUCAGGGCGGCUGACGGAGGCUGAGAUGAGUAUGAUCUUUGUGAACUGGCGGGAACUGAUCAUGUGCAGCACCAAACUCCUAAAAGCUCUGCGUGUCCGUAAGAAGAUGGCUGGAGAGCGGAUGCCGGUGCAGGUGGUGGGUGAUAUUCUGUCCUCAGAGCUCUCUCACAUGCAGGCCUACAUUCGCUUCUGCAGCUGCCAGCUCAAUGCUGCGGCCCUGCUGCAGCAGAAAACAGACAAAUCACCUGACUUCAAACUCUUCCUGAAGAAAAUUGCCAGUAAUUACCGCUGUAAAGGAAUGCCACUGUCCAGCUUCCUUCUGAAACCCAUGCAGAGAAUCACACGCUACCCACUGCUGAUCAAGAACAUUCUGGAGAAUACCCCUUCAACUCACGCAGAUCACGCAAACCUGCAGGCGGCACUGGAGCAGGCUGAGGAGUUGUGCUCACAGGUGAACGAGGGCGUGAGAGAGAAGGAAAACUCUGACCGGCUGGAAUGGAUCCAGAACCAUGUGCUGUGUGAUGGAGUCAUUGAGCACCUCGUUUUUAACUCUCUGACGAACUGCCUGGGCCCUCGAAAACUGCUGCACAGCGGCAAACUACAUAAGACCAAGAGCAGCAAGGAGCUUUGGGCCUUCCUGUUUAACGACUUCCUGCUCCUCACCUACACCUCCAAACAGUUCUCAUCUGGGCCUGACAAGCUCUUCAAUCCCAACUCAAAUGCACAGUACAAGAUGUAUAAAACGCCAGUGUUUCUGAAUGAGGUCUUGGUAAAAAUGCCCUCUGACCCUUCCAGUGAUGAUCCGGUUUUUCACAUCUCACACAUUGAUCGUGUUUACACUCUUAAGGCUGACACCAUUAAUGAGAGGACUACAUGGGUACAGAAGAUCAAGGCAGCAUCUGACCACUUCAUAGAGACUGAGAAGCUGAAAAGAGAGAAAGCAUACCAAGCUCGCUCGCAGAAGAACAGUGGAAUCGGGCGACUGUUAGUAACGGUCCUGGAGGCGACAGAGUUGAAGCCCUGCAAACCAAACGGGAAGAGUAACCCAUACUGUGAGCUAACCAUGGGCGCUCAGUGCUACACGUCCCGCCAUCAGCCCGACACGCUCAACCCCAAAUGGAACUUCAACUGCCACUUCUUCAUCAAAGACCUGUAUCAGGACGUCUUCUGCCUCACCAUCUUUGAGAGGGACCAGUUCUCUCCCGAUGAUUUUCUAGGUCGUACUGAAGUUCCUGUAGCAACAAUAAAGAAGGAUCAAGAUGGUAAAGGUCCACUGGCAAGGCGUCUGCUGCUUCAUGAAGUUCCAACUGGAGAGGUCAAAGUGCGGCUUGACCUGCAGCUCUAUGAUCAAACACCUCACCCGUGAACUCCACAUCUGUUUCAUUAGCACUACAACAUUUAAUAGAUCACUUAAUAAAAGUUUAUUCAUUAGUGUUCAUUUUUAAAAGUAUAGGAAUGCCUCUGUACACUUUUGAUAUGAAAAAGGUGAACCACUUAGCAUAAGUUUACAUGCAGUGAAAUAGAAGCUGGUAGUCUCAUAUCUACUCUCACACAUGCUUGAUGUUGUGUAAUGGGGAACAUUGGGUAAUAACAUGAUGAUUUUUUUGGGACAGGAACUGGUUUGUACUUUGAAAUUUGUACAUUUUUAAAGUGCAUUAGUAAUCUGAACAUAUUCUACUUUUCGGCUGUUUCCAUCAAACAAAAUUCGUUUGAUUUGGUUUUCUAAUCUGUUAAAUGUGCCUUACUUUUCCUUUCAUUCUUUAAAAGCCAGAGAUUGCUAAAAUAGUUGAGACAGCUCUGAAAUACACUGCUCAGCAUUAUCAGUCACCGGCAGCCUUUAAUGGAUUUUAUUUUACUGUACUGCCUUAAUCCGAACACAUUAUGUACUGUAGCUUCCUAAGUAUAAAUAGACUCAAAUUAUGUCACUGAAAUUGCUGAAAUUCAGUCAUUUAUAGAUUCCACUAAGCCAAUCAUACAUGUGCUUCCCCAACCUGUUUCCGGAGCCCUUCAGCACGUUUAAUUGUUUUAUUAUUAAAUACU